AGAGAAUAAGAGAGAGAGAGAGAGAGAGUUGCCUUUUUCACCUCCUUCUUGGGUUAUAAACUUUUGAUGCCAGCCCUGCGCAGCGCCUGCCCAGCGGAAUCUUAAAAGUGGCAUCUGGGAAGCAGACGGAGGAAGAGAAGAAGGAGGAGAAGGAAGAGAAGGAAGCAACUUGACCUUCGCCGCCCGCCUUGCCUCCUCCACACCUCCCUUGCCUCGCUUUCACCAUCCCUCCAUCCCCUUCCUCCUCUUCCUCCCUUGGCACUAGAUAGUCUGGCACUAGGAAUACUUUGUAGAUGCUGUUGGGGAGCCUCGGGUCUCCAGGAUUCCUGGAUCCCUUCUGCUAAUCCGCCUCCUCCUUCCUUUCUCUCUUCUCUCUCUGCCCCAUAACCACCAACACCACCACCGCCCUAGAGCCCCCCUCUUGCCACCCUCUCCCCCCUUGGCCUUGAGGAAGGCCCCUGCAGACGCCAGGAUGGGGCUCGGUGGGGGCUUGGUCCUGCCCUGGCGCUGCCUGGUGGUCCUGGGUCUCAGACUCCUCUUCCUUGUGCCCGCAGGAGUGCCAGUCCGCAGCGGAGAUGCCACCUUCCCCAAGGCCAUGGACAACGUCACCGUCAAGCAAGGGGAGAGCGCCACCCUCAGGUGUACUGUGGAUGACAGAGUCACGCGAGUAGCUUGGCUCAACCGGAGCACAAUCCUUUAUGCCGGAAACGAUAAGUGGUCGAUAGAUGACCGAGUGGUUAUCAUCACAAACACAAAAACCCAGUACAGCAUCAGGAUCCAUAAUGUGGACAUAUAUGAUGAAGGCCCUUACACCUGCUCUGUACAAACAGACAAUCAUCCAAAGACAUCGCGGGUUCAUCUUAUAGUGCAAGUUCCUCCCCAGAUUAUCAAUAUCACAUCAGACAUUACUGUCAAUGAAGGCAGCAGUGUAACCCUCUUGUGCUUGGCAUUUGGGAGACCAGAACCAACAGUCACAUGGAAACAUCUGUCCAGCAAAGGCCAGGGAUUUAUAAGCGAUGAUGAAUACUUAGAAAUCACAGGGAUCACCAGAGACCAGUCUGGGGAGUAUGAAUGCACUGCUGUUAAUGAUGUUGCAGCACCUGACAUCCGGAGAGUAAAGGUCACAGUAAACUAUCCUCCCUCCAUCUCCAAUCCCAAGAACACUGGUGUGUCAGUUGGACAGAAGGGAAUCCUACGUUGUGAAGCCUCUGCUGUCCCAGUUGCAGAGUUUCAGUGGUUUAAAGAAGAAACCAGAUUAGCCAAUGGGCUGGAUGGAGUGAGAAUUGAGAACAAAGGUCGGAUGUCCACAUUAACCUUCUUCAAUGUCUCAGAGAAGGAUUAUGGCAACUACACCUGUGUGGCCAUCAACAAACUGGGGAACACCAAUGCCAGUAUAAUCCUGUAUGGCCCAGGAGCAGUACACGAUGGCAACAGUGCAGCUUCCAGAGCGAUGGCUUGCCUCUGGCUAUCAGGCACUCUCUUUCUUUAUUUCCUCCUCAAGUUUUGAUAAGAAAAGUGAGGGUCCUUGCAGAUGACGCCUGGCUUCUCCCACACCACAGACUUUUAACCAUCCAUACUGCUGGGGAGGGGAAGGGGCAAACAAGCAGACACACAAACAGUCUGCAGCUUGAAUCUACUGCCGGGAGGGCAAGGGGAGGGGGAGGGCAACUGGGUUCCAAGUCAACUACCCAUUAGGGGCUGGUCAAUCAUGGGCAUUUCCCAAAGCAGAAUCAGUUUUAAUUUCCUCCCUUGGCCCCAUACCUCAAAAAAAUACCCUAUUUAUAAAUGUCAACCUUUCAGUUCUACUGUCAAAGAGUUUCAGGAACGAGCCCACCAAAAUACCCCAAGAGGAGGAUGCACCUUAGUCCGGGAGACAAUGCACAACAAGAAUUCAAAAGCAAGUCCUCCUAUCUCUGGUGUCUCUUGAGCAAAAGGAUUGUUCUUUCUACUUGUAACACUGUACAUAUCUGUUCAUGUUUCUCCAAGUGUCCGAUUAUGCUCUGGUAUCACCUUGUUUCGACCUGGGUGGAUGUCUUAAUAAAUUUGUAGCCUGGCCAUCAGUGCAGUCCUCUGCCUCCUCCCCAACAUAUGUGCUAGAUCAGAAGUGUGAAGGCUAAGAGUGAUGUUGGAUUAGGUCAAACAUUUAGACACAGACUGUGAAUUUGCUAAGUGCUGAGAGGGGAUGAAAGAAAAGCCAGGGCAUGAACCUUCUGCUGUAGAUGUUGGCUAUGCAUCUCCCAUUUUUCAGAAUAAUCAUGCCACCCUUCUGCCCAUUUACCUGUCUGCCUUUUCUGUCAGGUGUUAGGCAGAUUUAUCAAUAUAUCAAUGUAAUUAUCUGGUAAAGGCUUUUUUUCCUGCAAACCAAAUCUCUCUUCUGCCACUCCUUCUCCAUUUGUUCACCCAUCCAUCAGCAUAAUCACCUCUAUUGAGUCCUGCCUCCAUGUAGACAAUUUUUUUAAUUCCUCAUUAUUCAACACAUUAAUAUCUCAAAGUUCCACUUCAGGUUUUCAGUCUCCUUUGCCACCGAGUAAAAAAAGCGGAGGUACUUAUGUAGCCACUAGUGAGAACUUGUGGCACAGAUAAAGAAAAUGGUACUCUGAAAACCAAGUGAGAUCAAAGACAAAGGCACAACAUUUGAUACAGCACCAACAUAAAUAUGUCUGUGGAAAUUGUGAGGUUUCUAGCCUCUCAUAUUUUUGCCACAAGAAAGCCUGAGCCCAACCCAUCCCUAACUAAACAAGAAUAUAGUUCCAAGCAUUGCCUUAAAUAUAAUUCACAUAAAAGUGUUGUUUAUAUUUGGAAGUAUUCUACCAUCUAUUCCACUGUCCCAAGUCCUAUUGCACAUAGACAUUCAGAGAGAAUCACCCCUCUUUUAUUCUGGAACAUCCAGAGAGAACAAUGCUAUUGAGGUUCCAACAGGUGAAGUAUGACUUGUUUUGCCUUCCCCACUCAACCUGUGUCUUUCUGGUUUUAGCAGUCCAUCCAUUCAGAAGCUAAUAGAGGCAGUGAGUCUGACACAUUUAUCUUGUAUUGGGGGGACCCUUUUGAGAGUGAACCAGAUCUGAAUGCCAACUUAAUUUCCAAAUAUUGGAUUAGAAUUAAGUGUGGGAGCCAGAUGGAAAGGGGAAAAGUAAAACAAAUACACAUGAUUUCUUGUCUCUUGGUGGCUUUUAUUCAAGCCCUUCUAAACAACAGAAGAAAUGUUCAGGUCACUAUUUUCUAAAGCAGAGCAAUGGUAUGGAACUGACGACAUUUUAUUUCACUUUUGGGAUUCAGAUUGCUGCAAGUUCUGGCACAGCCCACCUUUUGUCUGAAUGAUACAAGACACACAUCACCAAGAAGAUAUGCUUCUUUCAUUCAUGAACAAUACAGAAAUGGGAGGUGGUUGUUGGGGAUGAAUUCUGGUCUUUCCAAUGAAAGAACAGAUCAGUUUUCUAAGAAGUGACCAGUGUUGGGGGAGAGGUAUGAACAGGUUGGCACCCCUAAAUUUAACAGAGCACUGUAUAGUGUGUUUCCAUCUCACAUCCCAUGAAAAGUUGGAUUGAUGGGAUUGCUAUACCAAUGCUAUUUGCUUUUGGUAAGAUCAGUCAUGGGGGGAGGCCUAUUAGUUCAGCAUAUGAUUUAUGCCAUUUCAUCUGUUAUAUAUAGAAGCAUUCUUUUAGGUGCGACCAAUAUGGAAAAUUAAUAAAGGAUCCCAAUACUAUUCCUCCCUCCCUUUGGAAAUGUUCUGCAUAGGAAGAUGGUCUGAAGAUCAUCCUGUACAAACCAAGACUGAGAGGCCCAACAGUACCCUGAAAAGCAGUAAGGAAGUAUCAUGCCCACUGUACUGAGCUGCUAUCAGCAAUGUCCUGGGAACACUAACAUGAUCUUGUGGAUGGCAAGUGACUGGUGCCAAUUCCCAUAGGCUUUAUGUGGAUGAUCACAAAAUUGUGCUAUUCAAGUGUUUCGAUUAUCCACACAAGUAAAACAUGGAUGAUUACAAAGUCUGAUAUUUACUUAUACAAGACUAAACAUUUGGGUGGUAUAUUCAUAUUGAAAAAAAGUUGGAAUGGUCAGGGCUUUGUUUUUAGAUGACUGAUGAAGGCAAAUCCACCACAACUACAUUAUUACUGAAUGUACAGACUUUGCUUCCCAUAACUUUAUUUGCACCCCCAAAUGACAUGCUUCCCUCUCAAGAACAGAAAUUGUAAAACCCUUUUAGAGAGGAAAAAUCAGAGUAAAAGAGACUGCAAGAGGAAGAGUGAGAACAUCAUUUCUAAAAAUGUUUAUUGUCCUACCAGCAUUACACUACACUUUUUAUUCCACACUGGAACAACAGGCAACAAAGCUCAACAAAGGGGAGGGAAAACCUUAAUUCAAAGUGACUCAGACAAUGUAAUGGACUGCAGUCAAUAAAAAUAUAUGCCACAAUAAAUACAUUAGCCAUUAAGGUGCCACAAGACCCUUUGUUGCUUCUGUUAUGAAGAGAUUCAACAUCAUGAAGCUGUUUGGAUGUCAAUUCAGUCUCUAUAAGAAAUUUGCAGCCAUGUGCUUUAAUGCAAACAAGCUUUGAGUUCCUUCAAGAAUUGUUUUGCUGGAUCAAGCCAGAACUGGUCUUACAAUUGAUUCAACAGUCUCAACUAGAUGAUUCCAGGUUAUGGCUUCUCCUUUUAACCUUGAAGAAUACAGAAGUGAUGCAUCUGGUAUUCGGUUUGUCCAGAUGGCAAGAAGAAGUUAUUGGCUUAUUUUGAAGAUGUUCUAAUUAAAUAUAAGGUAGACAUAUACAUACUUCACCUAUGUUCUUGGUUGACUUAGAUCAUCACCAGGUUUGAUCUAACUUUAAGUUUGAACUGGAAGUCAUUGGAUAAAAUUUAUGGGUCUAUUGUUCAAUGAAUUGCUACUGUGCUUACUUUAAUUUUUUUAAAACCUGAUUUAGUCCAAAACAAAUGUGAAUGUAAAGUAAGUGUGUAGAAGAAGCGUUUUAACUCUCAAAAACAAAUUGUUGAAAGAAAGACUAAGAUGCUGAAAAUCAUGAUGAAAAAUUAUGACAAGGAUUAAAAGAUAGACAUUUUGCUGAACAACCAGCUCUAGAAAUCUAAAUCUAGGGAAUUCCAUUCCACAAACAGUCAAUGUUUUCUGCAUGCCUAGGUCCAGGAACUUAGGCUUAGAAGUUGAACAAACAAGCCCUGUAGAGAAGGGCUAUAUCAAGUGGAAGGAAAGAGGAGAACCCCUAGCUUUAAUGAGUAAGUUUCAUUAGAGGUUUUCUGUGAAGAAAGGGGAGAAUUCCUUCCAAAAUAAUGUGCACUGAAGUGCUGGUGACACACCAUGUACUAAGUUUUCUUGAUAGUGGUUAACGUUAAGUGCCUAAUGUGUGGUGUUUGCAAAUAUUUUCCAGAUGCAUUUGGGUGACAUGAAUUUUAUGAGAAGUGUUGUGCAUUUUGAUGGUGGGAAAACUCCAUGCAUUGCCCCUCUGAUAUGAAGCUUUGCUAUGUUUGGGAGCAAUACAGCAAAUACUGACCUCCCUCCAUUUGUUUCUGUGAGAGCUUGCAACAAGUCCCCACUCUGGCUCCACUGAAAUGAAUGAAGCCUGUGCAGCAAUCCCAAUGGGUAAGUUACACCAUUUGGUUAUGAAUGGAUCUAAGUAUAAUUAAUUACACAAUUGAAAGCCCACUGACUUCAGUGAAACUAUGUGCAAGCAAACUGGACACAAGAUUGCAGUCAUUGAUCCCAGCCAAAAAUAUCAGUUGCAUCAAUCUCAUUGAAAUUAAUGGGAGUUUGUCGUGACCCACAUGUGUAAGUUAUUUUUUUGUUUUCUGAAGCAGGGUUUUGGCCAUGUUUCACAUACAAGGCAAAAUACUUUGUGGAACACUGGAAGCUUCCUCCUAACAAGUCAUACAAUCGAUUCAUCUAACUCAGUAUGGUCCACAUUGACUAGAAGUGGCUCUUCAAGGUUUUCAGAGACUCCUUGGAGAUGCCAGGGUUCAAGCCAGGUACCUACUGGAUGAAUGCCACGCAAUGAUCAUUCUCCAAUUGCUUUGUAAUGACAAAAUAAAGCCUAAAUUGGUUAGAAUGCUAACUUGCAUUCUUUUUACAUUCCCAUCGAAGUGAUGAUGGUCAGAAAUUGACAUAAAUAGCACAUAAGAGGUUAAAAGACACUUUAAAUUUCAUUUUAAGGGAGGAGAGAGACACUGCAAAUUGUCCCUGGGAAUUUUAUGCCCCUAAACAUCUACUUGGAAAAUGAAGGAGUUUUCUUUUAAAGAGGAAGUAAAAUCUGUGUUUGCAAUAUGUUUGUUCAUGUGUGCCUGUUCACAUUCGCACAUGCAGCCCCAUGACAUAGCUAAAAGAGUAUUAUUCGGACAUGCAAAUGUUGGGGAGGAAGCAUGCUAAUAUUUUUACAAUUUAGAUGUUCUCUUCCCCCCUCCAAAAAUAAAUUAGCCUUAAAAAACCUUCAGUGGGGGGGAGGUCAAUUUUGUUUGUUGAAAAAACAUCAGUGCUGGUUUCUUAUAUAAGUUUAUUACAUGGAGCUUCGGGAACAGGAACAGGACGGAACGGACGGGAACAGAAAUGGGGUGUAAUGGGGAAAAAAGCAUAUUAUCACACAAGAGAAUGCCACCGAUGCCGCCAGGAGUCCUUGAUCUGUUCCCCAUCCAUCCCACAGCAGCCUAUUUUGAAGAACUAUUCUGAACCAUUCUUCAAAAUUGGCUGCUGUGGGAUGGAUGGGGAAUGAAUCGGGGACUCGUGGCAGCACCGGCGGCGUUCUCCCAUACAAUGGUUUCUGUUCCCUUCCGUUCCACCCCAUACCCAUUCCCCAAAUGUGUGAUAAACUUAAUAAUCAGAGAUACCAAGUUCUGAAAAUAAACCAAAAUUCCAGCCAGAUCUGAUAUAAUGUUCCAUUUAAUCCACAUGGGAAUUGAUAGGGAGGGUUCACCCAUAAUGCUAAACCAUGUUUAGCGUUACGUGCUGACAAAGAAAAAACACUAAGCAAAGGCUAGGAUUCACAAAUGUCCACUUCAUGGGAGGAGGAUUAAGUGAGGAUUACGUUUCACUUUCUCCAAUUGCUGAAUUGUCUUAAUGUGUGACCCAGAAACUAUGCUUUAGAAUAAAUUCUAAUCAACUGCUAAAGAAGCCAACCUCAAAGAAUUAAAAUUUUGAAACUGAUGUGUAACUAACUAAUAGGGAUGCAAAGAACAUUUACAGAUGUUCCCAUCCUCACUGGUGUCUCAGCCAUUGACAUAAUCCACCAAAAUCUGGUUAAACCAUGUGAAAUUUAUUAUUAUUUUGCAUUUCAGGACCUUUUGUGUGAAAAAUUCAUCUCUGAAAAAAAAAACAGUCCAGAAAAGACACAAUUUUCCGUGCAAUGGUUUGUCUAUGUGAAUACAACAAAGUUUUUGUGCAUUUUUGUUUUGCAAAAAAAGUUCCAAAAUGGGGGAAAUUAUCAAAAUUUUGCAAAUCUUUUUGAUGCUCUCAUUCAGCAUAGAGAAACUUUCUGAAAGUCUGUUUUUGUGUGAAUGUGGAGAUAAAACAACAUUCAUGUUCUCCACAACGUCUGGUUGGCCACAGUUUCUGAUUAAACUGUGGCAUUGAGCAGUUCUUCCUCUAAAACAUUGAAAGCAUUUUUUCUUCUGCUUAGAUAUAAUGGGGAAGUAUCUGUGGUUAACAUUCUGAAAGAACUAUGGAUCUAUAUUGAAAGGGAAGAGAUAACACAGAAAAGAAGUGAAUGCUUAAAUAAGAGUCCUGGCCUCCCAUUUGAGAAAAUCUGGUCUCAAAAACUGAAGGAGAGAACAAAUCCUUACUAAGGUAUCCUUACUAAUCUUACUAAGUAGAGAUGUUGACUACUUUUUUUCCCCCAAAAAAGAAGGAAUGAGAAUUUUAUUUCACUUUAAUAUGCUUCCCGCUACAAACAAAUUUUCAAAAACAAAUUCUGAAGACAAUUUGCAGUUCUUGCUGCAAUUUUUUGUGCGGAAAGCAGCAUUUUCUAUACAAAAAUACUAUUGUGUGCAUAGAAAAUGCAGUUCUUUCUCUCUUUUUCUCCAUACACAAACACAAAACCCACCUGUGAUUUUUUGGGUAGAAUAAGUCUUGAACUGUGAAUGCUAUUCUCAGUCCAGGAUUCCCUUCAUCUGAAUUGCCCAACAUUCAAGAAACACAUUUUUCAAUUUUUUAAUCUUUAAAUAUAUAUUCUCUGUCCUUAAUGCUAAUGUAGCUUCUAUUUGCCCUACCACCACUGAGAAACGGGGGCCUUAACACACUUGAGCAUGCCGAGAUUUGGGGAACAAAAGGAAUACCUAAGUGCAUUUCCCCCAGACAAAGUGGUUCUUCAGAUAGGCUUUAUAACUGCCAAUUGUUAUAAUUACAAGCAACUUGGACCAAGACUCUUAAAGAAAAAUCAAUCAAAAAAGUCCAUUCUGCAGGCAUUAGAGAACAAUGCUACCUGCACUUUUUAAAGCAUAUGAAAAAAAUAAAAGGAAACAUGCACUUUCAAUCUAUAUGCCUCUUAAUUAAAUCUGCAACAUAAAGUUUCACUGGAUUUGUACACAUGAUGUAAGCUAAUAUGGAGGUCUUUAAACACCUUAGAGCCACUGUAUGCAAACUAGACCAGCGUACUGCAUAGUGGUCAUAUUGUUUAGUAAGUAUGCCUUCAUCCUCACCCAGAAACCAUGUGUAUUCACAAGUGCACAGAAAUCUCUUGCAUAUGGGACUCCCUGUCCAGUUCAUAAGUGCUCCUUCUGUGUACGCAAUUAUUCUUGUGGGUCAAUUCUUUCUACUGAAAAGGAAAAAUCCUUACAUAUGCAUUGGUGUCUCUGUGCCUAGGACAGACUAUUGAAUAUGAGAGAUUCAGGUUUUAUUCAGCAUCACUUAUGAAGAUUAGACAGAAAGCUGAGCCAAUUAAAUAGACAACUCAAGUAGUACCUCUCAAAACAAAGAAGUAACAUCUAUACCUGCAAUUUGCAUUAAUUCAAGGGGAUUGCAUCUAUUAUGGCUUCCUACUACCCAGGGCUUCAGGAUGGAGACUCUCCCUAGCUGCUGAUUGAUCAAUGAGACACACCACUUACUCUUUCAGUUCAAAAAAGAAACAUAAGAUAGAAGAAUAACUUCUAUUCUUUCCAGCUAUUGGGGAGUAUUUAAAAGAAAUCAUUCAAGUUACUUGUGCAAUGUAUAAGUGCAAUUGUGAGGAAACAUGUUGGGUGUAUGAAUCCGUUACCUGUCCAUUUCAGAGUCCUUAUCUUUGGUAGACUUACAAGUUCUUCUGUGACUUCUCAAUGGUGCAAUUCUUCUAGCUGUGUCAAAGCUAUGGGCGUGCACAUUGUUUUCACACAAUUUAUCCUUUAAAAAGAAAGAAAAAAAGAAACUAAAAACAAAAUAGUAAAUAAAUUUUCAGUGUUCAAAUGCUUUAAUGAGAGAAAAAAAGUUAUAUCAAACAGAGGUUUUCAAAGCAUUUUUUUUCCUUUUUAUUCUGUCAGCCUUCUAGGUAUACUUUUUAAAUUUUUAUUGUUUAUCUCUUAAAGCAAACAAGGUCAAGUCUUUCUCUUUUUUUUCCUGUCAAUAAUCGUAUUAAAAGGGUGAAUAUACUACCUGAAAUUUUGUGCAUGUUACAUUGUAGUUGUAACCUUUUCUAAUUCAGAAAGAAUAAGAGAUGGUUGUGAUUGUGCAGUGUAUCAAUAAAGUUUGAAGAAAUUUGUA